AUGGAGCCGGUAUUAAAACGGCGCAAGCUGUCAGACGCGAGCGACGAAGUCAUAGAAAAUGUCACAGAAGCUGCCGCUGUUGCGAACAAGAGACAUUCGCUUUUCGUUCGAUCUCUUCCAGCAUCAGUCACCAAAGAUCGACUGAUCGAGCACUUCUCCCAAUCGUACCCCCUCAAACAUGCUACGGUCGUCUUGGAUCCACAGACAAAAGUCUCUCGAGGCUUUGGUUUCGUAACAUUUGCCGAUGCCGAGGAUGCGCAACAUGCUCUAGCUGAAUUCAAUAACUCGGUUUUAGAUGGCCGGAAGAUCAAGGUCGAGCCUGCUGAAGCACGAAACCGUGAAGUUGACGAACACACCCAGGGUAGAGCAGUAUCUAAGAACGCGAAAGCGGAAGAGUUACGAGCAAAGAGAGCGCAGCAGCAGCAGGAUAAUCAACCACCAAAGCUUAUAGUCAGAAAUUUACCGUGGAGUAUCAAGACUGCAGAAGACCUGACAAAGUUAUUCUUGAGCUAUGGCAAGGUCAAGCAUGCUGUAGUGCCACAAAUACCCACGAAAAAGGAUACUCAGGCUGGAUUUGGUAUCGUGAUAAUCAGAGGUAAGAAGAAUGCUGAGAAUGCACUGCGAGGUGUUAAUGGCAAAGUUGUCGAUGGACGUACACUGGCUGUUGAUUGGGCAGUAGACAAGGAGACAUGGCAAAAACUUAGGCAGGAAGACGUGCAACCAAACGGCGAGGAUACCAAGCAGGCUGCUGUCACUUCAAUCGAGCAGAAAGAGACACUUACUAGUUCAGACGAUGAGGCUAGUGAAGAGGGAGCACAACUGGUAGAUGUGGAUGAAGAUGAGUCGAACCUUAAGGGCGACGAGGCACAACAAGACGGAUCGGACGACGAACAAGACGUGGAUGACGCAGACUUGUCAGCCGACGACAUCUCUGAUCUUGCCGCUGAUGCAGAUGCUACACAAACGGCCUCGAAGUUCAACACCGAGAGCACUACAGUCUUUAUACGCAACCUACCGUAUGACACGGACGAUGAAACUCUCGCCGAACAUUUCAAGCAGAAUUUUGGACCCAUUCGCUAUGCUCGUGUAGUCUUUGAUCACGAAACUGAGCGUCCGAGAGGCACAGCCUUCGUGUGCUUCCGGCUCGAGGACGAUGCAAAAGCUUGCGUAAAGAACUGUCCAAAAUCAGAAUCAGCUACUGCAGCUGGUCAAACUCAUUCAAGACAACAGUCGUCGAUUUUGCAGAACGAAAAUGCAGAUCCGACAGGCAAAUACACGCUCAAUUCGCGUUUACUAUACAUCACCCGUGCUUUACCAAAGGUCGAGGCCGAUACUCGUGCCUCAGAAUCCGAACAGACUCGCCGUGCCAAACAGUUGUCAGACAAACGGCGCCUAUACCUACUCUCUGAGGGCACAGUGUCACCUAGCAGCAGUUUGUACUCCACGUUGUCUAAAACAGAACUAGACAUCCGCGCCUCGAGUGCGAAACAGCGACAGAAAUUGGUCAAGUCCAAUCCAAACCUGGGCUUGUCUCUCACUCGUCUGAGCAUUAGAAACCUACCUCGUUGGAUUGACGGUAAGGCACUGAAACAAUUAGCUCGAGAAGCAAUUGUUGGGUUUGCCUCAGACGUCAAAACAGGACUUCGUCAACCCAUCAGUAAAGAAGAGUUAGCUCGUGAUGGCGCAGCUGGACAGGUUGCUGAACAACAACGAAAAGCGGCAGGUAAAGGCGUGGUCAAGCAAGCAAAGAUUGUGUAUGAAUCUGACAAGACUGGUACUAAAAUCAGCGAAGGCAAAGGUGGCAGGAGUCGAGGCUAUGGAUUCGUGGAGUACUGGGGCCAUCGCAGUGCGCUCAUGGGUCUGAGGUGGCUGAACGGUCACAUGGUGAAGAAGCCGAAGGAUCAACAGGAUGUUGAUGACGAGAGGGGGAAGAGACUGAUCGUGGAAUUUGCGAUCGAGAAUGCUCAGGUUGUGCAAAGAAGAAACGAUCGGGAGAAGCGAGUAAAGGACAGAAGGAAUCGUGACGACCAGAAAGCUGACGAUGAGGACAUGGAUGAAGUGGGUGUCGACAAAGGGAAGAAGAGGAAGAGAGGUCCGGAUGGUGACAAGAAUGGGUCUCCCGGAAAGAAGCUGAAAAAGGACACUCCUGAUGAUAAAAACGGAGUGGCAAAAGGUGAUCAAGAUGAAAAGAAUAAGGUUGCUGCUCGGAACAGGAUAAUUGCGCAGAAGAGACAGAAGAGAAAGGCCAGGAGAUGA